ACGGCGAAGUCAAGAUGGCUGUGAACCUCAGGCAGAGCGAAGAGCUGCUGCAGCAAGGCCGCGAGCCCCGCGCUGAAUAAAGGAGCCGCCGGUUCAGACUGUGACGGUUGACUCAACCCGCGGAGGACUCGGGACCACAGAGAGCAGCACAGCGGAGCACCGAGGAGCACCGAGGAGCACCGAGGCCGACGAGGAGCAGGACUAGAACACGAGGUGCCUGGCAGAGAAACCCCGAAGCAAGCCGAAUGAAGCGAGCAGCUGCCAAACAUCUAAUCGAGCGCUAUUACCACCAGUUAACCGAGGGCUGUGGGAAUGGGUCCUGCUCCAACCCGCGGUGCGCCUCGUCAGCCGGCUGCACUCGCAUGGACAACAACGCCGCGGCCGUCAAAGCCCUGGACCUCUACAAGGUCAACGCACAACUAUGUGACCCCCACCCCUCAAAGAAAGUCACAGCCUCGGCCUACCCGGAGAGCAACAGGGACCGGAAGUCCAACCGCAAAGAUGUCCACUCUGUACGGGACAGUUUCAGAGAUGUAAAUUACCUGACGGAGGACAAAGUGUAUGAGAUCUUGGCCGUCUGUGGGGAGAAGGAAGACUACUCCCCUCUGAUCCGGGUCUUGGGGCGGGUGUUCUCCAGUGCUGAGGGCCUGGUGCAGAGCUUCCGGAGGUCCAAGCCUCACACCAAAGAGGAACUCAAGUCCCUCCAAGGGAAGGACGAGGACAAGGACGAGGAUGAGAAGGAGGCCGCUGCCUGCUCCGCCAUGGAGGAGGAGGACUCCCCGCCCUCCUCUUCAUCCUCAAGACUCGGAGAGGGCUCCUCGGGGGACACCGAGGUCCAGAAGCUGGGCCCCGACGAGGUGUCGGUGGACAUCGAAGCCGUGCGGCGGGUCUACGAGCGCCUGCUGUCCAAUGAGAAGAUAGAAGCCGCCUUCCUGAAUGCGCUGGUCUACCUCUCGCCCAACGUGGAGUGCGACCUGACCUACCACAACGUGUAUUCACGAGACCUGAACUACCUGAACCUGUUUGUCAUCGUCAUGGAGAACAGCAACCUCCACAGCCCGGAAUACCUGGAGAUCGCCCUGCCGCAGUUCUGCAAGGCCAUGAGCAAACUGCCCCUGAGCGCUCUGGCCAAACUGGCCCGCUUGUGGUCGCACUACGGCGCCGAGCAGAUCCGCCGCAUGGUGGAGACCUUCCAGCAGCUCGUCACCUACAAGGUGAUCAGCAACGAGUUCAGCAGCCGCAACCUGGUGAACGACGACGACGCGGUGGUGGCGGCCAGCAGGUGCUUGAAGAUCGUCUACUACGCCAACGUGCUGGGCGGCGACCUGGACACGGAGCACAACGAGGACGAGGACGAGGAGCCCGAGUCCAGCGAGCUCACCCUGCAGGAGCUGCUGGGCGAGGAGCGGCGCAGCAAGAAGGGCCCUCGGGUGGACCCGCUGGAGACGGAGCUGGGCAUCCACACCAACGACUGCCGGCAGCCGCUCAUCGCCUUCCAGGAGUUCAUCAACGAGCCUCUGAACGAGGUGCUGGAGAUGGACAAGGACUACACCUUCUUCAAGGUGGAAACGGAGAACAAGUUCUCCUUCAUGACCUGCCCCUUCAUCCUGAACGCCGUUACCAAGAACCUGGGCCUGUACUACGACAACCGCAUCCGCAUGUACAGCGAGCGGCGCAUCACGGUGCUCUACAGCCUGGUGCAGGGCCAGCAGCUCAACCCCUACCUGAGGCUCAAAGUGAGGAGGGACCACAUCAUCGACGACGCGCUGGUCAGGCUGGAGAUGAUCGCCAUGGAGAACCCUGCCGACCUGAAGAAGCAGCUGUAUGUGGAGUUUGAAGGAGAGCAAGGCGUUGAUGAAGGAGGCGUCUCCAAAGAGUUCUUCCAGCUGGUGGUGGAGGAGAUCUUCAACCCCGAUAUCGGCAUGUUCUCGUACGACGCGCACACCCAGCUGUUCUGGUUCAACUCGUCCUCGCUGGAGAACGAGGGCCAGUACACGCUGAUCGGCAUCGUCCUGGGGCUCGCCAUCUACAACAACUGCAUCCUGGACGUGCACUUCCCCAUGGUGGUCUACAGGAAGCUCAUGGGCAAGAAGGGCACCUUCAGGGACCUGGCCGACGCCAACCCGGUUCUGUUCCAGAGUCUGAGGGAGCUGCAGGACUACGAGGGCAACGUGGAGGAGGACAUGAUGAUCACCUUCCAGAUCUCACACACGGACCUGUUCGGGAACCCGCUCACGCACGACCUCAGGGAGAACGGGGACCAGAUCCCCGUCACCAAUGACAACAGAAAGGAGUUCGUGGCUCAGUAUGCCGAGUACAUGCUGAACAAAAGUGUGGAGAAACAGUUCAAGGCCUUCAGGAGAGGCUUCCACAUGGUGACCAACGAGUCGCCCCUCAAGUACCUGUUCCGGCCCGAGGAGAUCGAGCUGCUGAUCUGCGGCAGCAGGAACCUGGACUUCCUGGCCCUGGAGGAGACGACGGAAUACGAUGGCGGUUACACCAGAGACUCCCGCAUCAUUAAGGAGUUCUGGGAGACGCUGCACUUGUUCGGGGAGGAGCAGAAGCGUCUCUUCCUGCAGUUCACCACCGGCACCGACCGGGCGCCUGUGGGCGGGCUGGGCAAGCUGAAGAUGAUCAUCGCCAAGAACGGGCCCGACACGGACAGGUUACCGACCUCUCACACCUGCUUCAACGUGCUGCUGCUGCCGGAGUACAGCGACCGGGAGAAGCUGAAGGAGCGGCUGCUGAAGGCCGUGACCUACGCCAAAGGGUUCGGCAUGCUGUGAGCGCCUCGGAGCCUGAGGCCUCCUCACACACCCAGAGGUGUAGAGCAGGUCCAUGAUGAAGAGGAGACGUACACACCCAGAGGUGUAGAGCAGGCCCAUGAUGAAGAGGAGACGUACACACCCAGAGGUGUAGAGCAGGUCCAUGAUGAAGAGGAGACGUACACACCCAGAGGUGUAGAGCAGGCCCAUGAUGAAGAGGAGACGUACACACCCAGAGGUGUAGAGCAGGCCCAUGAUGAAGAGGAGACGUACACACCCAGAGGUGUAGAGCAGGUCCAUGAUGAAGAGGAGACGUGGUUCCAUCCUGAUCAACUACACAGGCGUGAAUGUUCAGCUCCCUGAUUAUUUAUUUAAGCUUCAAAUGGGUUAUUUGUCAGUGUGAGGGUUCAUCUGAAACAUGUUCCCCAACGUGUCACGGUGGACCGGAGCUGCAGAACGUUUCGUGUUCCAGCAUCUUUCCUUUGAGUCCCAAGUCCAUCUUCAUCACGCUGUUCACCAACUGUGACUUGGUCCACACGGCACAUCCUGAAACAGCUGUUGUGUUGGGCCUCUGUUCCUGGGGGCGGGUUAGGGAGUGGGGGGGUGGACUAAGACCUUUCAGAGCUGUGUAAGUGCACUUAGACAGUCAGAAUGUUUAUUUAUGAUUGUCUGGAGCGUUUUAUUUCAUGUCUUCCUGUGUUGACGACUCUAAAUAAAAACUGUCUUUAUAACCGGUUGGAACUACGA